AUGGCUCUUUCACUGCGGGACCGCCAGAUUGCUGCCAUUAAGCGCAUACUCAACCUCAAUGCCCCCAUCAACGACGUCGACGCUCCUGAAGAGUCCAGCGCAACCACCAACACUGCGGAUAUCGAGUGGAAAGUGCUGAUCCUCGAUACCCAGGCGAGGAAUGUUAUAUCCGCAGUACUGCGUACCAAUGACCUGAGAGCGGCUGGGGUUACUGUACACUUCAAUCUUGCAUCCAAGCGGAGCCCCAUACCCGACACACCAGGCAUAUACCUGAUCGCGCCCACAGCCGAGAAUCUAGCGCUGGUGACCAAAGAUCUGAACGAUGGCUUGUACACACCGGUAUACGUCAACUUCCUGUCAAGUGUCCCCAGAGCACUCCUAGAAGACUGGGGUGGCCAGAUCGCGUCCUCGCCAUCGGCUGCCGAGAACCUCGCCCAGAUAUACGACCAGUAUCUAAACUUUGUCACCCUCGACAGCGACCAAUUCUCCCUGAACAUCGAGGAUGCCUAUCGAAAGAUAAAUAGCCCAAAGACGUCGGACCAGGAGCUCGAUGAGCUGAUCGAUCGUAUCGUCUCAGGCCUCUUCUCGGUCGUAGUCACCAUGGCAGUGGUUCCCAUUAUACGCUGCCCAACAGGUGGAGCUGCUUCCGAUAUCGCGGCCAAGCUUGAUCGAAAGUUGCGCGAUCACAUUCUCAACAGCAAGGAAAAUCUCUUCUCCGCCAACACAGCGUCUCGCCCUGUGCUCAUCAUCGUUGACCGCAACAUCGACCUUUGCCCCAUGUUCAGUCACUCGUGGAUAUACCAAAGUCUUGUUUACGACGUACUAGACUUUUCCCUCAACAAGGUCGUUGUGACCGUGCCAAACGAUAAGGAGAAGCCUGAGAGCGGUUCCAAGAAACAGACUUACGAUUUGGCUGCGAGCGACUACUUCUGGAAACGCAAUGCAGCCCAACCCUUCCCUCAAGUAGCAGACGACGUCACAAACGAGUGGACCAAGUAUACGGCAGAUGCGGACAAGAUCACGAACUCUACAGGCUCUAACUCCAUCGACGAUAUGGAAACCCAGUUCGCAGCUCAUCUAAAGGGCGCCAUAUCCAUGCUUCCCGAGCUCCGUGAGCGCAAGGCGACUAUUGAGAGCCACAUGAGCAUGCUCGAGUCCGUCAUGGACGGCAUCAAGCAGAGAAAACUGGACGAGUUCUUCCAGCUCGAAGAAGAGCUUGGAAAGGCCACUAAAGCAACCAUUUUAGACAUAAUCAAAUCUACGGACAAGGGAAAUGAUCCGUACGACAAGCUACGUUUGUUCCUACAGUGGUAUCUGACUACGUCUGAUGACCUAUCGCGCAACGAGCUCGACAGCUUUACACAAGCUCUGGAACAAGCUGGAUGUGAUACAACAGCUGUAGCAUAUGUUAAAACAGUUCGCCAGAUUACGCGUAUGACCAUGUUGAGCUCUGCGCCUACGCAGCCAGCACAGGCGUCAUCGAAUCUCUUCGGUGGCUUCUCGAGUUUAAGCAGUCGCGUCUCAGACAAAUUCAAAGAAGCCGGUCUAGGAGCACCCAACUUCGAGGGUGUAUUAUCCGGCAUCAAGAGUUACUUGCCAGCCAACAAGGAUCUGACCCUAACAAAAGUUGUAGAGGCCAUCUCCGAUCCUCAAAACGCAACCUCGAGUGCACUGAACAAGAUAGAAUCCUGGCUCUACUUCGACCCCCGAUCAGCGAACGCCCGCGGAACCAUACCGCCAGCUAGCCAGACACGGAACCAAAGCACCGUCUCGCGCGGCAUUGAAGCCUCGUUCGGGCAAAGACGACAAGGCUACACAGAAGCAUUGGUUUUCCCUGUAGGAGGCGGCAGCAUGGACGAAUUUGGUAAUCUACAAGCGUGGUCGCAACGGACUAGCGCUGCAGGUCCUGGUCAGCAAAGAAGAGUCGUGUACGGUUCCACGAAUUUGUACUCGGCGAGAGACUUCAUCGUCAAUGAACUGGCGCCCUUGGGUGCUGAGACCACUUGA